AUGCGGCCGGAAACCUCUUCUUCCUCCGGUUUCUCCUCCCCUUCACCGCCGGCGAGCCCUCUCACCGCCGGGAAAUCCAUGGAAGACGUCUGGCAGGGCAUCAAUUUGGGUUCUCUCCGACAGCCAACGCUCCCGCCAAGUUUAUCAGAUUCCGCCGCCAGAUCUUCUUCCGUCUUCCACUUCGGAAUCCUCUCCGCCGGCGGCGGCGGUGGGAACCCGCCGGCGCCCAUUUCUCCACAUCCUCUGCUUUCCCCUGGCUUUUCCAACUUCAGCACUAGUUUCACUAAUCGAAACUCCAACCCUCCUCUGGUUUUCCCUUCCCACGGGAAGAGAUCGAGAGCCGACGGCGGCGGAGGAAAAGGCGAGCAGUGGCAGAAGCGAAGGAUGAAGAACAGGGAAUCUGCUGCUCGUUCCAGAGCUAGAAAACAGGAAACUUCCUCUGUUUCGUUUAUGACUUAA